CAACAGCAGCAGCAGGGGCUAGCUAAUCACAAGCAAUGACCCGGGGGUGAACUUCAGCGUGUAGUUCACAACUUUACCGAGAAGGGAAAAAGAUAAACUCAGACAGUAGCAGCAGUCCACCUUCAGCCAAGAGAAACAAGGAAGUGAAUAGCAGACGGACCUCCAGUUACUUCUCCGCCGGUCAAAGAAAACGGAGCUCAGAUGUUGAGUUUGCAGAGUGAAUGAAUGUCUCCAGACUGGGACAUGUUAUCUCUCAGAGCCAGACCUCCUCUGUCCUGACACAGGGAGUUUUACAACCACAGUGCUGACAGUCUACCUCAACACACGUGGACUUCACUCCCUCUGUUCCACCUCUCAGGAGGAGAUUUUCUACCUCCGCACCCUGCGGGUGCACGUAGCUGUUACCACUGAGCUCAGAAACACCAGCAGACCCUUUACUUUAUCAGAAGGCUUUCAGGUGUCAGUCACAGCAGGGUCGACUGGCUUUCUUCCUGCUUAGCCGCUUCAGGUGACAUCCUAAGCAUCAAUGUCACGCAGUGGUUUGUGAUGUCAGAGUCCUGCAACGGACCAGGACCAGGAGUUGGACUUGGACCAGGAGCAGUGGAAGCGGAAGGACCGGCAGGACGGGGUCAAAGAGAGGUCCCUAGGUUUUUGGUUGGCUGUGAAGAUGACGAGCAGGACAUGGGCCAAAUGGAGGCAGGCAUGAAGAACGAGAUGUUUCGAGAAGAAGACAUGGAGGAUGAUGAGUCGCCACCAGAGCGCCAGAUUCUGGUGGGCAUCUGUGCCAUGGUGAAGAAGUCCAAAUCCAAGCCCAUGACUCAGAUCCUGGAGCGCCUGUGUAAGUUUGACUACAUCAACGUGGUCAUCUUUCCUGAGGAGGUGAUCCUGGAGGAACCUGUGGAGAACUGGCCUCUCUGCGACUGCCUCAUCUCCUUCCACUCUAAAGGUUUCCCUCUGGACAAAGCUGUGGAGUACGUGAAGCUCAGGAAUCCACUUCUCAUCAAUGACCUCAACAUGCAGUAUUUCAUACAGGACAGGAGGGAAGUGUACCGGAUCCUACUGGAGGAGGGCAUUGACCUACCUCGUUAUGCCGUGUUGAACCGAGACCCCGACAAUCCUGAAGAGUGUAACCUGGUGGAGUGCGAGGACCAUGUGGAGGUGAACGGGGAAGUGUUCCCUAAACCCUUUGUGGAGAAACCCGUGUGUGCCGAGGACCACAAUGUCUACAUUUACUACCCAACAUCAGCGGGAGGAGGCAGCCAACGACUCUUCAGGAAGAUUGGGAGUCGUAGCAGUGUGUAUUCCCCAGAAAGCAGCGUACGAAAGACAGGAUCCUACAUCUAUGAGGAGUUCAUGCCGACAGAUGGUACUGAUGUGAAGGUUUACACAGUGGGGCCUGACUACGCCCAUGCAGAGGCUCGGAAAUCUCCUGCCCUGGACGGAAAGGUAGAGCGAGACAGCGAAGGGAAGGAGAUCCGUUACCCCGUCAUGCUGACCGCCAUGGAGAAGCUUGUGGCCCGCAAAGUUUGCCUGGCCUUCAAGCAAACAGUGUGUGGGUUCGACUUGCUCCGGGCCAACGGUCACUCCUUCGUCUGUGAUGUUAACGGCUUCAGCUUCGUCAAAAACUCCAUGAAGUACUACGAUGAUUGUGCCAAAGUCCUGGGGAACAUGGUGAUGAGGGAGUUAGCCCCCCAGUUUCACAUCCCCUGGUCUAUCCCCAUGGAAGCUGAAGACAUCCCCAUCGUCCCAACAACCUCAGGGACCAUGAUGGAGCUGCGCUGUGUUAUUGCCAUCAUCCGCCACGGAGACCGCACACCGAAGCAGAAGAUGAAGAUGGAGGUCCGACAUCCUCUAUUCUUUGAGUUGUUCGAUAAGUACGGAGGCUACAAGUCAGGAAAACUGAAGCUGAAGAAGCCCAAACAGCUCCAGGAAGUGCUGGACAUCGCCCGCCUGCUGCUGGCCGAGCUGGGCCAGCACACCGACUGUGAAAUUGAGGAGAAGAAAUCGAAACUGGAGCAACUCAAGACUGUCCUGGAGAUGUACGGUCACUUCUCAGGUAUCAACAGGAAAGUUCAGCUGACCUACCUGCGUAACGGCCAACCUAAAGCUUCAAGCGAAGAGGAAGACUCUAAGAAGGACGGUCCGUCUCUGCUGCUUGUGUUGAAGUGGGGGGGCGAGCUGACACCUGCAGGCCGGGUUCAGGCCGAGGAGCUGGGCAGGGCCUUUCGCUGCAUGUACCCGGGAGGUCAAGCCGGUAACCGGCGGUCCCUUGGCUGUGAGUCCCCUAUUGACUUUGGGGACUAUGCCGGGUUUCCAGGAUGUGGCCUCCUGCGCCUGCACAGUACUUACCGCCAUGACCUGAAGAUUUAUGCUUCUGAUGAAGGAAGGGUGCAGAUGACAGCAGCUGCUUUUGCAAAGGGGCUGCUGGCUCUAGAAGGGGAGCUGACUCCGAUCCUGGUCCAGAUGGUGAAGAGUGCCAACAUGAACGGACUACUGGACAGCGACAGCGACUCUCUGACCGACUGCCAACAGAAGGUGAAGGCCGGGCUGCAUGAAAUUAUGCAGAGGGACCAGGAGUUCACAGAGGACGACUAUCAGAAGUUGGCGCCUACUGGCAGCCCAUCGCUGGUGAACUCCAUGAAGGUCAUCCAGAAUCCAGUCAAAACCUGUGACAAGGUGUACGCCCUCAUCCAGAGUCUUACCUCACAGAUCCGAAAGAGGCUCGAGGACCCAAAGUCUGCAGACUUGCAGCUUUACCACAGCGAGACACUGGAGCUGAUGCUGCAGCGCUGGUCCAAACUGGAGAGAGACUUUCGCAUGAAGAACGGACGCUACGACAUCAGCAAGAUCCCGGACAUCUACGACUGCAUCAAAUACGACUCCCAGCACAACGCCUCUGUGGGACUGGAGGACACGCUGGAGCUGUUCAGACUGUCCCGUGCCCUGGCUGACAUAGUCAUACCACAGGAGUAUGGCAUCACCAAAGCGGAGAAACUGGACAUCGCUCAGGCUUACUGUGUCCCUCUGAUGAAGAAGAUCCAGCUGGACCUUCAGAGGACCCACGAGGACGAGGCCGUCAACAAGCUGCACCCCCUGUAUUCUCGCGGUGUGAUGUCUCCAGGUCGUCACGUCCGCACGCGUCUUUACUUCACCAGCGAGAGUCACGUUCACUCCCUGCUCAGCGUCUGCCGCUACGGAGGCCUGCUGGAUGAGGAGAAGGACCAGCAGUGGAAACAGGCGAUGGAUUAUCUCAGUGCUGUGUCUGAACUCAACUACAUGACGCAGAUAGUCAUCAUGUUGUACGAGGACAAUAAUAAGGACCCCUCGUCAGAGGAGCGCUUCCACGUUGAGCUUCACUUCAGUCCAGGCGUCAAAGGAUGUGAAGACGAGGAGAACGUACCUCUCGGGUUUGGCUUCCGGCCAGCCUCAUCGGAGAAUGAAGACAAGAAGCCCAAUCAGGGCAGCCUGGAGGACCUCUGCCAGGACCAGACAGACCAGGCAAUCCCUAUCUCUGAGCCAAUCAACAUUCAGCGAAGAUCCCCCAUGAUACGCAACCGCAAGACGGGCUCUAUGGAGGUCCUCUCUGAGACCUCCCCCACCCAGUCCACCAAAGGCUGCACCUCCCACCGACUCUUCCCCUCCGUGUCGCGCCAGUCUCCUGAGAUCAAACCAACCAGUGGCCUAGGUGGGCACCUCAUUCCUGGCUCGCUCUGCUCUGGGCUCUUCAGUGCCUCCGCCCUUGGGGUGUCCUGUAGCGCCCCCAACCUGCGGGACUACGUCCGCACGCACCACCACCACCGAAAACCACCUCUGUCCCCCGGCAGCCUGCCGUGCCAGAUUGGCAUGUUUGAGCUGUUCUCUAUGCCUCCAGUAAAGAGAUUUUCUGUGUCGUUUGCCAGGCAUCCGACCAAUGGUUUUGAAGGCUGCUCCAUGGUGCCCUCCAUCUAUCCGCUGGAGACGCUGCACAACUCUCUCUCCCUGAAGCAGGUGGAUGAGUUCCUCAGCACGGUGUGUGAGAGCAGCAGCGAGGCCCACGCCAAGACCAUGAGAGCCCUCUCCAGCCUGUUUGACUCUCAGAGCCAGACGUCUCUGUACAGCCCUCAGCAGCCCCUGUCCUCGUCUGGAUCUGAAACAUCUCUUCGGCCACCCAGCCGGCCUCUGUGGCAUGGCAGCAUCCCCUCCAGUGCCGUCUCCAGUGCCGGCCCCUCCUCUCCGAUCACAGAGAGCUCCGGCCUCAACUUCAGCUUCAGCGAAUAGACAGUCAGUCUGAAAAAACAAAGACUUCUGGGUAUACAAGGGCUUCUUCUGAAGACGUUGGUAUGUCUGUCUCUCCCUGCUUUGAUUCAUCUUUUCCUCCUGCUCACAUUCACA